UGAGAGAUCGGCUGAAAAGACUCAGUCGGGAGGCAAGCGCAACUUGCCAGAUGAGGAAGAGCGAGAGGGAGUAGGUGCUCUAAAAAGGCAGAGAAAGGCAGGAGGGAGUGCUCGGACGCCAACAACACGAGAGGGCGGUUCCGUUGAGAAGAGGAAAAGGGUUGGAGGUGGGAAUGAAAUGCCAAAAGACUCGUCGACACGGCGAAGAACCGGCGAGUCUUCCGGGAAACGGUCGAAAUCAUCGAGGGGGAAGAAAGCAGAUGAGGGCGACAGCGGGGAGGGGGAUGACGACGUGGAGAUUAACCUCAACGCCUUUAACCUCGACAAUGCGUUCUUCCUCGAGAUGCAGACAGGGGUGCAGAAGGACGUCGUGUUGCACAUCCAUCCCGAAAGAAUAUUAGCUAUUCCAGACUGGGAAGACGCGUACAACCACCGAUCCUUGGACGAGUUCCUCAUUGAUACCAUCGCGUCGGCUAUGAUCGACUGCUACGAACGCAAAGACAUGAGAUACAUGAAGCCCAUUUUCGUUCUUGUUCCGAUCGUCGCGCCUCCAGAGAACGGCGAGCCUGUUGUGCGCGUGCUGCCUGCUGACUUCGACAGCUCACACCUGGAGAAAUACUGGUAUUAUCCUGUGUGUGGACAGCAUAACGCGAGGGCGGCGAUGAUGGUGAAAGACCAUCCCGUGUUUGAUUACUACAACUUCUGUAAAUGGCCGUUCAGACCGAUCUACUUCCCUGACGACGAGUUCGACGGCUACGCCCAUGUCAGCUGCGAAGACAACAUGAAAUACAACAAAAAUCCACCGCGCUUGCAGGUUUUGUCUAUGCGGGACAUUCACAAUAUUUGGAAAAUUAAGGGCAAACCGCGUGUGGUGCUCCGUAAUGCCUCGAAGAAACAGGACGAGGUGCGAAAGUGGGUGCGGUUCAUGGCAUUGGCAAUGAAGAAGACGCCGUACACGCCUAUCUGGAACCUGUCAACGGAAGCAAAGAAAAGAAAGGAAUGGGCUGAGAAACUUCGAUACUACCUCCCGCUGGUCAUGGCAGAUGACUCCGUCUUCACUUUGGGGUUGAAGUUCUAUGAGGAGUCAUUGAGGAGUGGUCGAAAGGGAAACUCCUUGCUUACGAUGGCCGACGUUGGACUGAAAAGCCGCCCACCCAUGAGGAGGUGGCCAAGCCAGGACUCUCCACUGUGACUGACAGCCAGGGGCUGAAGAAACACGUCUGGUACAUGAAGGUGGACAACCCGUCGUUGAAAAAGGGCAGGGGGAAGCCAAAGAAAG